AUUUCAAAGGUCCAACUGAACGGAAGUUGUACUUAUUUCGUGGUAUAUUAGAAAAAAAGUUGUUUUAACGAAUUUGCAAGUUUUAAAGCGAUUAUUUGAGUUUUGGCUAAUAUGACGGCGGAAAUAGAAAAGGGUCCCAUUUUGGGUCAAAGACAUCUGCAGAUGCUUUUAUUAUUCCUGUCUAUAGUGGUGAAUUUCAAUGCUAAACUCAAUGCGGGAGUAGCUGUGGUUGCCAUGACAAAUGCCGAAACAACAAAUCCCGAUUUCCCGGAAUAUGAAUGGACCGAAAUGCAAAAAUCGUACAUACUCUCCAGUUUCUUUUGGGGCAAUAUUGUGACACAAUUUCCCGGUGGUUACUUAUGUCGUCGUUUUGGUGCCAAAUUGAUAAUGUUCAUUUCAAUACUUGGAUCCGCAGUAUUUGCUCUACUUAUUCCCUUCACUGUUGGCUGGGGUGGUUGGCAGAUUUACUGCGGCAUACGUGUGGUGCAGGGUCUAUUUCAGGGAUUACUUUUUCCCUGCACACAUGCCUAUUUAGCGACAUGGUGUCCGGUUAGUGAACGCAAUCGUUUGGGUGCUUUGGCCAAUACGGGCGUUGAAUGUGGUACUUUAUUGGCCAUGUUUUUGAGUGGUAUUAUUGCGGCCUCUUCAUUAGGCUGGCCCGGUAUUUCAUAUGUAUCAUUCGCUAUGGGUGUAGGUUGGUGCAUAUUGUGGCUUAUUUUUGCAGCCAACAGUCCCAAUGAAUCGAAGUUGAUAUCCGAAAAGGAAAGAAAUUACAUAGAAAAUUCGAAAAAUGCCUUAAAGGAACAUGAUUUGAGUGCACCACCAAAAUCUAUACCCGUACCUUGGCAUGCUAUACUUACGUCCUGGCCAUUUUGGGCUUUACUAGUGGUCAGAUCAGCUCAUUCAUGGGGCUUCUUUACUUUGCAAGCCGAAAUUCCUUCAUAUAUGAAUGCUGUUUUGGGAAUGGACAUGAAAAAUAAUGCUCUGUAUUCGGGUUUGCCAUAUUUAGCCAUGUGGUGCAUGUCUUACGUUUAUUUAAUUUUAUCCGAUAUUUUCAUGCAAAACAAAAUCAUGUCUCUUAAUACGUUAAGGAAAACAUUCAAUUCCUUAGCUUUAUGGGUGCCCGCUAUAGGUCUUGUAGGUUUGGGUUUUGUGGGCGAAGAUCAAAGAACGUUGGCUAUUGUUCUAAUGACCAUAAAUGUGGGCAUAAAUGCUGGUAACACUAUUGGCAGUUCCCUCAACACUAUUGAUUUAUCGCCUAAUCAUGCCGGUAUUCUAAUGGGCAUUAGUAAUACUUUUGCAAAUAUGACGCCCAUAUUAACUCCUCUGGUGGUUGGUCUCAUUGUGCAGGAAGAGACUGAUCGCACUCAAUGGCAAAUUGUAUUUGCCAUAUCGGCAGUAGUAUUCUUUGUGGGUAAUUUAUUCUAUAUUGUAUUUGGUUCUACGGACUUACAGCCCUGGGAUGAUGAAAAUUUCCUCUUAUUGAAGGAGGAACAAAACGAAGGUGGAAUUAAGAAACCUGUUGCAGAUUAUAAAAGAUAAUUUAAGUAUUUUUAAGUUAUUAGUUGCUCUUAGAAACCUAAAUUG